AUGACUUUAGUAGGAGAUUUGUUCUAUUAUAUUGAUGGCCAAAUCUUAUAGAUGGAGUUUCAAUAUUGCCAUAACAGUGAUAUCUAAUAUUUUAUAAGUAUGGAAAUUUUAUACAUUAAAAUAUGUCAUAAUAGUUGCUUGAGUUGUUUUGGCCCUUCAGAAACUUAUUGCAUAACCUGUCCAGAUGAAGAAUCUAACAAAACGAGUUUAAAAUCCAGGUCAAAGUAGCUGUGGAUGUAGAGCCUCUUACUCAGAGAAUGAAAAUACUCAAUGUUUUAGUAAUGAAAUCAAUAUUACUUUUAGAAAGCCUAUAAUACUUUUUAGAUAUUACUAUUUUGGAAAGUGAAGAUUCUGAUUCAUUUGCCUGUGGUUUAGGUUAGUUUUAUAUCUAGUUUGGGUAAGUAAUAUAUUGUGAUGAUUGUCCAGGCAAUAAGGAGCCAGAUUUUAUUAAUAAAAGGAAAUUAUUAUGUGUUGAAUUAAUAGAAAACAUGGUAUUCAAAUCCAAUUUGCACAGAAGAUUAUGAAUAACUAAUUUAAAGCUCAACAAGCGCUUAUUAAAAGUAAGCCAGAAAACCAAUAGACUAUGAAUAUUUCUUAAUAAAUUUCAAUUCUAAUAUGGAUAAAAUAGAGAUCGAGAUUUGUUCAGGUUGCUUAGGUGAAACAAGGGCAAAUUCUGAUUAUAUUGUGAGACUAAAUUUUGAGAAAGAAAUAAAAGUUCAAUGCGAAACAUGUUAUUAAAUUAUUAAUGGAGAAUGCAUAAAUAUCUACAGUAAUUGCGAUUCUUGUGAUUCAGAUUAAUGUAUAUCUUGCUCAUAAGGCUACACUCUCUAUUAAAAUUAUUGUUACAAUGUCUCACUAUAUGUCUUCAGGAUUGUAUAUAUAAUGGAUAGAAAUUAGGUUGUUUAAAAUGUGAAAUAAGUUGUUACUUAGAUACUGUAAAUAAUGAAUGACUGUAAUGAGGGGCUAAUUGUGUUAUAUUUUAACCAGGAAUAUCAAUAGAUGGAGAUUUCGUUUAAAUGUAGUGUUUUAAAUGUAUUGAUAACAAAGAAUUUUUUAUUGACACUGAUCAUAUUCAUUGCAAACCAAAAACUAUGCCUCAUUGCAUUUAUUAAUAUCAUCAAUUCUAUCAUCGUUCUGUUGAUUAGAAUGAUAUACAGUACUUUGUAUUUUUUAUUCAACUUAGAAAAUGAGUACAUAAUAAGGUUAAUCACAUAAGAAUGUCUGAUUUGAUAAUAACUUGUUCGUUAUUUUUACAAAAAUAUAAUUAAUAUUAUUUAAUAUGAUGAAUUCAUAAUAAUAAUAUAAUAUAAUAAUAAACAAGUUGGGAUUACAAUUUUUCUAAGCCUUCUUCUUAUUAUUAGACCAGAUGCGCACUAUGUGAAAAAGGUUAUCUGUAUAACUUUUAUGAAUAUGAUUGGGGCAAAGAUAAAUGUAUUUUAGAGUCAGAAUUUACUGAUUUAGAAAUCCCUAAAUUUAAUUCUCUUCAAAUUGCUCCAGAACCUGGAGCUCUGGGGUAGAUUGUGAAGAUUAUCAUGUCUCUAGGGAUUAGACUGCAACUGUAGAUGAAAAAGUGGAUAAUGACACCAUUGUGUAAUUUAGAUAGAAAGGUAAAAAAAAGAUCAGAUGCAACACCUUAAUACGAGAAAGAUUUAUUAUCAGAAUGCUCUAAAAGAAAUCGCAGAUCAAAUAUAUCAAAAAUAAUGGUUGGUUUAAUGAAUACUGCAUAUUGUACAAUUAGGGUAUUAUGCUGAAUUUCAAUCAGGUUAAUGUUACUUAUCUUAGGCGAAGUUAUAUUACAGAACAUGUAAAAUAUAAUAUAAAGUUUAUAAAGAUGGAUGGAAAUGGGAAAUCAGGGCAUAUUACCGUGCAAGAACUUGCGCAGAAUAAUGAUUUAGCAAUUUUCAUUUUAAGUGUGCCACAGCUAAUGUAGAUGAGUAUGAAGUACUUUCUAGAUCGUGUGAAGAAAGAUAUGAUAAUGAAAAAUGCAUUCCAAAAUGCAGUUGUUCCAAAUGUAUUAUACAAAAUGAUCCAUAUGUUUGUGUAAAAUGUUCCACAUCUUUAAUACAUACCAAUUAACUUAAUCAACAAUCAAUGCACAGACUGCCAUGCUAAAUGUGUCUUAUGUAGAGAACUAAAUUAUGAUGAAAAUAGGUAAAUCAACCCUUACUUUAAUUCGGAAUAUAGUCAAAUUGCUAUUUAUUCAAAAUCCUGUAUUAAGGGUUAUGAACUAAAUAAAACCUUAAUGAAGUUUCAGUAUAUCUAUCCCUACCCAAUCUUAAAUACAUAAAUUUUAUGUAUUCAUAGUUAGAACUAUAAUCUACAAUAUAUUGCAGUUUAAAUUCAUUUGAUUACGACUUGGAUUUUUAAUUGA